GCCGCAGGGCCCCAUCCCGAGGCCGGGAAUGGCUUUUCCCGGCAGGAGCGGGAGGCGGCGGGCUCAGCUCCGUAGCCAUGGCAGCGGGUUUUUAUUUCAGCCUCCGCCCGCCCGGCCGGACUUCGGCCCCGAGGAAAGCGCAGAAGUGGCAGCAGCCGCCUCCGCUCCCGCCGGGCCCCCAAACCCCAGCGAUUGUCCCCAAAACCAUGAGUUCAAGGAAUGUUUUUCCCUGUACGACAAGAAACAAAAAGGGAAGAUCAAAGCCUCGGACCUGCUGGCAGUGAUGAGGUGCCUGGGAGCCAGCCCCACGCCGGGAGAGGUGCAGAGACACCUGCAGCUGCACAGGAUUGACAGGAACGCAGAGCUGGACUUCUCCACCUUCCUGAACAUCAUGUACAGGCAGAUGAAGCAGGAGGAGCCCGAGGAGGAGAUCCUGAGAGCCCUGGCCAUGAUUGACCGGCAGAAGAGAGGAGUGAUCCCCGUGCCCGAGCUCCGCGCCAAGCUCACCCGCCUGGGGGAGAAGCUUUCCGAGGAGGAAGUGGAUGACCUGCUAAAAGAAGCCAAAGUUGGGCCAAAUGGAACCAUCAAAUAUGAGGAAUUUGUGCGCCACAUUUGCCUUCCCUUGGUCGACUACUGAAACCCAGAGUGGGAUUUGCUAAGAGCAGCACCUGGAGGGUUUUUAUUUCGAUUUUUCCCACUUUCUAGUCAGACUCAGGAACCAGCAGUUGCCUUUCCAAACCUGAUUUUGCCUUCAUUUAGGUCCCCCCCCGAUUCCUGGAAAAACAAGAAAUAAUAUUAUUAUAUAUAUAUAUAUGUUAUUCUAGCAAUAGUAACUGUUACUGAAAUAAACUGAGUGUGACAACACGU